UCCAUGAAGGUAAACAGAUUAUGGAGUAAGAUUGCUUGCUUCUUCCUUGCAUUUUCAAGCUUGAGUCAGCAGCAUCAUGGCAGUCAUGAGAUGGAAGCUGCAGCCAGUCAGGAAACUGGCUUUUCCAGGAAAGCUCAGGCUUUUCUGCACAGCAGGUAACAGUCAUACUUAGGAGCAAGCUGCUGCUAAUGGAUUGCUCCAUUAAUGCACAAAUGCUGUAAUUAAGAGCAGCUCCUGCACAAGACUGGGCACUGAGACCUUUGUGUCUGUGGGUGAUUCUCCAGCAGUUCUGUGUUGGCUGCGCGUGGCUGCUUUGCUUUCCAGGGCCUGGGAGUAGCCGGCAGCACUCUGAUCAGAGUGAUGGUGUCCUGCUCCAGAAUUGAUGUGCUGGAUAUCAGAAGAGGAUUCCUGACCGCGUAUGGGAAGUCUCUCUACUCCUUCACGAAGAUGGCGUGAGCAGGACCUGUUGUGCAUGAGCUCCCAUCUCUGGGGAGCUCAUCGGUUUGGACGGAAGGGAGAGGCAGGAGCUGAAUGUGAAAACUGCUCAAUUGUCAGCCAGGAAGGACCUCAUUCUUGAAUCAGUGUUUGAUGUCCUCCAAGAGAAUGAGAUCCACGGAUUGAAGAGAGAGGAAAUUCUGCAGUUGACACAGCACGCCAUUGAGAAAAUCAUGGAAAAAUGGCAUCUGGAUGCCCAAGUGGUCUCUGGAAACCGUGGCCCCAUAUUUCUCCUGGCAACUGCUGGGCUUUCCAAGCAUCCCAAGGCCACGUGGUCAUCCGGCUGUCAGAGAAAAUCUGACCCACAGCUUUCACUGUCUGGCACAUCUUCAAGUCUCUCCCUCCGGGGAAGUCAGCCUUGGCGUGUUCUUUUUCACACGGCCUGCCUAAGUGUAACCGCCAUCAUCUCUUGUCUCUGAGGGACUGGAUGAGGACGAAGGUGAAACUCUCCUGGAGUUAUUCAUUUAUGACGUGGAUGGAGAGAUCGCCCACACUUUCCACACGCAGAACUCCAACUGCUGCGCCCCCACCUGCAUGUGAGAUAUUGAAAAGCAAGGAGAGCACAAACUUCUCAGAGCAUAACUCGUGCCCCCUGCCCCAUGGAUGGCUGAGUGCAGAGCUGUUGAGGAGGUGGAGAAGAGCACUUGCUGAUAGAAGCCAUGGCAGUCAGACACAUAAACUGGAUCAAGUUCUUCCAGCCAGGAAUGGAGGAAUGGGGAAGAGCUGAGCGCCGGCUUGCCACAGGAGCUGCGCGGAAGGAGAAGAAGCUGGGCCCAAAGCCGUUCCAACACUCCAUGUUUCCGCGCCGUCCACCUGAAUAUCAGUGGCCUCCUGCUGCUCCUCGGAUGGCUGGGAAUCCUCCCCCAGCACGGCAGCACAGGCAGCGAGCCCAGGGGCAGCCGGCCCUGGUGGCGGAACAGCCAUGCCUCAUGCCGUGAGCUCACAAUGCUCAGCCUCAUGCUGUGAGCUCACAAUGCUCAGCCUCAUGCCGUGAGCUCACAAUGCUCAGCCCAUGCUCCCAGGUGUUCCGUGCCGGCCAGCGGCACUCGCUUGGCUGCAGCGCUGGUGGUGGCAGCAUGGCACGAGUGUGGGGGGCCGCGGCCCCCACCCGCCUUGCUCUCCUCCUCCUACUGGUGGCCAUGUGUUUCCAGGAGACUUGUGCUGCUCCGUGGCGAGCACCAGCAGAUGAUGACGCUGAUGCUCCUUAUCCAGAUGAUUGGGUGGACACUGCUUUUGUGCCUGAGGGGAACCCCAGAGGUCCUCUUGGUGAAUUACCAGAGCGGAGUCCUGUUGCUGAGCCUGGGCUGGAUGCCAGAGGUCCUGAGAGAUGGAAUGAGACAUUGAGAAUUGGAGAAUAUCCGCAGAGGCUCUCCCAUGUCCUGAAGAAAAUCAUGAAGGAGAAGGCAGCACACAAGACAGACGGAGAGCCUGAGCACAGGGAUGCAUUUCAGGGAGGCAGCCGUUGCAUACCGCACAUCCCUCCGGGAGAAACAGAGGCCAAACACACGACUGGCGCUCCAGGUGUGGAUGAUGAAGGACGUGCAAACGCCGAGCAAGUUAAAGAUGCACGGAAGUUGUACCUGGAACUUGCCAUAUCUGUCUCGGUUUCCCUGUUGCUAGCGAUGAUUCUGUGCUGUCUUCUUUUCUGGUGGUGCAGGAAGAGGAAGCAGCGCCUCGCUGCAGCUGAUGGAGCGCAGGACGAUAGCAGCAGCUACAGCUCGCAGUCAGAGGAGGAGUCUGCUGACCUCGAGUGGCCCGAUGGAUGGACAAACCACCAACCAUCUGUGCGGGAACAACCUGCCCACCAGCCGCAGGGCACCAGCAGAGCGGCCCCUGCAAGGCUGAACAGCCGCCGGGCUCAGCUAGCCCCACCUCGACCCCCGCCGCCCCCCAGCCCGGGCUCCGCAUCGCGGGGGAUGAGCGACAGGCCCAGCAGCCCCCGGCCACAGCGGGCAUCAACGCCGCCCCCCCGUCCUCCUCCACCAUCCUUCAAGGGACAGAAGGAACCCUCCCGGGGUGGAGGCUUGCGGUCAUCGGCCAGCAGCGAAACAAUUGCUCCCCGGCAGAAGAGCGACAGGCCCAGCAGCCCCCGGCCACAGUGGGCAUCAACGCCGCCCCCCCGUCCUCCUCCACCAUCCUUCAAGGGACAGAAGGAACCCGCCCGGGGUGGAGGCUUGUGGUCAUCGGCCAGCAGCGAAACAAUUGCUCCCUGGCAGAUGAGCGACAGGCCCAGCAGCCCCCGGCCGCAGCGGGCAUCAACGCCGCCCCCCCGUCCCCCACCACCAUCCUUCAGGGGACGGGAGCGGUCCCCUCAGCGUGUCGGCUCGCGGGCAUCAUCCAGCACCUGGAUAACUGCUGCCUCGGGGAAGUCUGAGAGGCCUGGCAGCCCCCAGCCCCCCCCAGCACCGCCGCUGCCCUCCCCCUCCUCUCCACCAUCCUUUAGGAGGUGGGAGCAGCGCCCCCAGGGUGUCAGCUCGGGGGCAUCAUCACACCCCUGGAAAACCACUGCCAGGGGGAAACAGACCAGGCCCAGCAGCCCCCAGCCCCCCCCAGCACCACCUCUGCCAUCCCCGUUCCCUCCAUCACCUGUCAGGGAAUGGAGGCGAUCUGUGCAGAGUGCAGGCUCGGAGAAACAGUCGGACAGGACAGCCGCUGCCAGGGGGAAGCAGGACCGGCCCAGCAGCCCCCGGCCUCCCCAGGCACCGUCACCAGCCUCCCGUUCCCCACCACCAUCCUUCAGGGGACAGGAGUGGCCCCCUCAGGCACCCCCACUGCCCUUCCGCUCCUCUCCACCAUCCUUUAGGAGGUGGGAGCAGCGCCCCCAGGGUGUCAGCUCGGGGGCAUCAUCACACCCCUGGAAAACCACUGCCAGGGGGAAACAGACCAGGCCCAGCAGCCCCCAGCCCCCCCCAGCGCCACCUCUGCCAUCCCCAUUCCCUCCAUCAUCCAUCAGGGAGUGGAAGCGAUCUGUGCAGAGUGCAGGCUCGGGGAAACAGUCUGACAGGACAGCCGCUGCCAGGGGGAAGCAGGACCGGCCCAGCAGCCCCCGGCCUCCCCAGGCACCGUCACCAGCCUCCCGUUCCCCUCCACCAUCCUUCAGGGGACAGGAGUGGCCCCCUCAGGCAUCCACACUGCCCUUCCGCUCCUCUCCACCAUUUUUCAAGGGACGGCAGUGGCCGCCCCAGCAUGACAGGCCUGGCCGCCCCAGGUCCCCCCAGGCCUCCAUGCUGCCCUCCCCCUCCUUUCCACCAUCCUUUAGGAGGUGGGAGCAGCCCCCCCAGGGUCUUCGCCAGGGGGAAUUAUCCAACAGACCGACAACUGUGGCCUGGGGGGAGCGUGAGCGGAUCAGCAGCCCACAGCCGCCCCGAGCACCAUCCUCUCCCUCCCCUCAAGCAUCUUUCAGGCGGUGGGAGUGGCCCCCCCGGGGUGUCAGCUCAGGGGCUUCAUUAGAUAAGUGGAAUACCACUGCCAAGGGGAAACAGACCUGGUCCAGCAGCCUCCAGCACACCCCAGCACUGCAUCUGCCCUACCGCUCCUCUCCGCUCUCCAUCAGGAGGUGAGAGCACUCCCAGCAUGUGGGUUUACAGACACUGACAUCCACAGAACCACUGCUGGCAUCAUCUGGAGUUUUCCAUGCUCUGCUGCACCGCUAAAUAGAAAGUGGCUUUGGGACACCAUCGGACAUCCACAGAACCACUGCUGUCAUGUACCUGAGAUUACCAGCCUCCUCAGUACCAAUAAACAGAAAAUAACACCA